AUGGCUGAGGAGCUGCGGGAGAACCACUUCUUCAACAGGUUCAUCAAAAUGAACAUCCCGGACGACUACCUGGACGCGUCUCGCUUUAGAAUAAUCCCAGACAACCAAGAAGUAUACGUCCAUAAGUUCGAGGACAAAUGUGUGAUCAUAGAAGUUGUGUGCUUUCAAAAUGUGAAUAUACAGGAGAAGGGCAAAUUCUACUUCUACGAUUUAGCCAAAGAAAAUGACAGUGAAGAAAGUGUUAUCAUAACGAGUAACCAUUCCGUGUCUCAUCCGCAAGGAAGUUACAUUCUCCUAGUUGGCCGACAGAAAAUUAAAAAACAGAACUCUCCUCAGUAUGAACCUAUUUUACUAUACAUUUGUAUUUUCCCCAUUGAGCAGCACAAUGCAGAUGUACUAAUAACUUGGAAUGUACCAAAACAGGACAUGGACAUUCACCCCGAGUUUAACACUUUUAACGAAAUGGUGCAGUCCUUCAGAAUACUAGACUACAGUUUAUUUGUUUGA